ACUGUCUGACUCAGCCAUGAUCCUCCUGACGACAACGCUGAGCGCGCUCCUCCUCUCUGUCCGCUGUUUCAACCCUCAGAUUUAUUUCAGAGAACAUGUCAGAAGUCAUGCUGUCCUCGUUGAAGAGGAGGAAGAUCUCAGUAUCUCCACUCUGCUGGAAAAGGCCAACGUUAACAUUGGAAAGAACUUGGAUGACCCUCUGGUGAUGUUUGGAGACAUAGCGGUGCCAACAGGGCUGCAGAAUGCAGAUCCCUGCACAGCAAGAGGCUGCUUGUGGCCUAAGAGCAGUGACGGCAAUGUCUAUGUGCCUUUCCGCAUCUCCGGACAAUUCUCCAGUAGAGAACGAGACACCAUCCUCCAGGGCCUGCGCUCCUUUGAGGGCUCCACCUGCAUUCGCUUUACACCUCAUCAGAGUCAGAGGGACUUUGUAGACAUUCAGUCUCGCACUGGGUGUUGGUCAUUUGUGGGACGCCGCGGCGGCGGUCAGGUGGUGUCACUGAUGCGCCAAGGCUGCGUGUUCAUGGGUACCAUCCAGCACGAGCUCCUCCACGCUCUGGGCUUCAACCACGAGCAGACACGCUCUGACAGGGACUCCCAUGUUCGCAUCCUCCUGCAGAACGUGAUUUCUGGACAGGAGCACAACUUCCGCAAGAUCGAAACAAGGAACCUGGGCACCCCCUAUGACUACAACUCCAUCAUGCACUAUGGAAGAUUCGCUUUCUCUAGAAAUAGAGAGCCAACCAUCGUUCCGAUUCCUGACCCGAACGUCCCGAUCGGCAGAGCCACCGAGAUGAGCAGCAACGACAUCCUCAGGGUGAACCGCCUCUAUGAAUGCAGAAGCGCAAAGUAAAGACUUGGAGUAUGCAGCUCUUCCCUCUGCU